AUGGUUACAGGAGUGUUUUUAGAUCCAAGGUACCAAUGUUUGCUCGAUGAAAGCACUAAACAUCAAGCAAAAUCACAUUUGAUAGACGUUUUUAAUUUAAUGAACGCACUUAGUUCUGAAAUUUCUGAUAAAAUUAAAACAUUUAUUUCUCAAGAUGAAGAACCAAAGACACAUGUUACACAUGUUAAUGAUACUGAUGACAGCCUUGAAGAAAAUAUUAGAAAUAAAACUAAUGUAGCUUUGGAAAAUAAUUUGGAUAUUGAAAAUUUGGAUAGCUUAAUGCCUGUACCAAUACGUUUGUUGCUUGAAAGUUUUGAUGGUACUUCAAGGUUACACAAUUCUGUUGAUGUUAGGAUUUACUGGGAAAAAGAAAAAAAACUCAAAACCAGAACUAUAUAA